GAGAAGGAGAGAAGCAUGGAUUACGCGCGAAAGAUCGGGAAAUCGGACGAGCCGAAGAAAUGGGUGAAACAGUUCACGACGAUCGUCUCGACUAGGGAUAAGUUCAUAACGCCAGAAGAGGAGAUGAAGGAGGAUCCACGGUUGGCCAAUUGGAGGAGAUGGUUGGAGAGGCGGAAGAAACAGUACCUGCACACGAGAGUGAAGAUGAGACGGCAUCAGGUCGAUCAGAUACAGAAUUACUCGUGCGAGAUGAUACGGCCGAUGGUCGAGAUGAGGAAUCUGAUCGAUUGCGCCUCGUUCCCGGUCCCAAUCGUGCCCGACAAGUAUCGAGGCGGUCCAGAAUUUUGGAAAGUACCGGAGAAAUUGCCCACCGUCCCCUGUCUGCCCGACAUCCACUUCGCCCUGACGAAAAAGGACAUGAACAUCGCCCCGGAAUUAACUUACGUCGGCCUGCCGAGAUUGAUCGAGGAGGAGAAGGAUCUGCUUUGCAUCUCGUCGAAGAAAUCCAUGUGGAGGCGCAGCCAAUACCUGAUGAAACGGAAGAAGGAGUUGGAGAGGGAGAUAGGGAUGCUAAUCGCGAGGGAGCCGUGCACGAGCGAGUUGGUGAUCCAGAAUUAUCAGAGGCCGAAGGAGGAGGUGAUGCGGAAACUUCCCACGAUCACCGUCUACGCCACCGACGAGGUGAUAAGGGAGGAGGACGAGGACAAAGAAGAGGAAGAGGAGGAGCAGGAGAGGAGGAAGGAGAAAUGCACUCCUUGCGAGGAGUGCUAUCUGGAGCAAGCGAUCGUCCUCAAGAUCCAGGAUCGGGAGAUCUCGAUGAGCGACGAGGAUCGGUCGUGUCGAUCGAAGAAGGAGGAGGAGGAGAGGAAGGUGGAGCCGAUCGUGUGGAGCGUGACGUUUCGAGGAAGGUUGAACAGAAGAGUCGAGAAGGAUAUCGUGUUCGAGAACAAGGGGAACAGAGUGAUCGUAUACGAAUGGAGGGAGGCCGAUUACCGACCGAGGGUAUUGCCUUUGAAAAAGUCGCCCGUAACGUGUUUCUACUUCAAUAAGACGAAAGGAGUGAUCCUACCCGGUCAGAUAAACAAGCUGCACGUGUGGUAUUUGCCGCGAGAGCCGCGCGUUUCUACCGAGUUUUGGAGGUUGAUCACGAGCCCCAUCCUCUCCCACUCCCCACUCAUCUUUAGAUUUUGGGGCUGCGCGAGCAACGAGCCGAGCGACUCGUGCAGAAUGAUCGAGGAGUACAUAGCCCGUUCCGUGAGGAACGACGUGAUACGAUCGAUAAUAAACGAUAUAAUGGAGAAUAUAUUCCUGCACAAGAGGCCCGAGCCGGCUUACGGCAAUCUGUUCUUCGAGUCGGAAUUGUUCGCAACGAAGAACCCGAUCUGUUAUUACACGCCGAGCGUUGUCAUGGAUUUCCACCAACUCUACACACUCGCCACGAAUCAGACCAAGUAUCGUUGGAACAUGUCGUUGCUCGAGAUGCGGGAAACUAUGCUUAAGAUCCAACCGGCCGAGUACAGGGACAUGGUGUUGGCCGAGUUCGGCAAAUUGUACAAACAGGCGUUGGCCUACACGCUUUACAAGAGGGUCUCGUCCAACAAGCACGAGAUCGUGUACAAUUUGUUGUGCUCCUUCUUCAAUCUGUUCGAGAGAGAGAGCGAGUUCGCGAGAGGCGCUUACUUCAGAAAGGAGAGGGGCCCUCUGCCGCUCGUUUGCGCGGAGAACGCGCAUGCGGACGCGCAUGCGGAGUAUCGGCGGCCGUCGAACAAGAGCGUUGCUCGUGGCAACCGGCGGAAGAGGGGGUUGCGGAGUCAGGCGGCGGGCGAGGCGGUCCCUGAGACGACCGCCGAGACGACCGCCGAUCGUCUUUAUCCCAGCAACGAGUAUCUUUACAGGGAGACGUUUUUCAUUCGUAUCUACAAUCUCUUGGGGGAUACGUUGAUCAGGAUAUUCGCGUCGAUCGAGUCGUACAACAAUUUGAACGAGCGUGACAAGUAAUGGUGUAAAUAAAUAAACGGGAACGAUGUUUCUAUCGUGUUGCCUUGUCAACAGGAGGUUGAAAUCGAUUUGCUGUUCCAGAAGGAUAUAUAUAUAUAUAUGUAAGAUGUAGUAGAGACAGAGUUGAAAGAGUAAUGUUGGAGAGUAAUGUUUUUAAUUUUAAUCGAUAAG